CUGCCAAAGGAGCUACCCGGACUCACUCGACCUAUUUCUCUCUUCUCCACUUUUCCCCUCUCAUCCUCUCUCUCUGCAUAUACAUGUACAUAUAACAAAUGGCGCCACACUUCAUCAAAAUUUCUGUUCUGACUUUGUUGUAGUACUCUUAUAAUCAUCUUAAUAUAUCUGUUGAUCCAUCGAUCACUAUUAAUAAGCAGUUACAUAUCCGGAAUUGCGAGCAGGAUAACCGGAAAUGUUGACUUGUAUUGCUCGCGCAAAGCAACCAGGCGAUGGAUCGCAUACUUUUCCCGAAGAAUUUGAUAACGGAAUGCCAGAUAACAAACAAGCUGUCAAAUCCCUCACUAAUCAGAUAAAAGAUAUGGCGCUAAAAGCAUCCGGUGCGUACCGGAAUUGUGCACCGUGCACGGGACCGGACCGGCCGGUGGCUAAACAGCAGUCAGGAGGAUUUAUAGAUUCCGGCUCAUUAUCAGCGUCGUCUGAUCGAUUUCGCUGGUCGUAUAGAAGAACUACGAGUUCAAAUUCGUCUUCAAAACAGUGGGGGAAGGAGAUGGAGGCGCGAUUGAAAGGGAUCUCAUCGUGGAGUAGUGAGCGAUCGACGGCUGUAACUUCAAGCGGUCGCCGGGUUGACCCGGUAGUGUUUAUUGAAGAGAGUGAACCUAAGGAAUGGGUCGCUCAGGUUGAGCCUGGCGUGCUCAUCACGUUUUUAUCUAUGCCACGUGGCGGUAACGACCUUAAACGGAUUCGUUUCAGUCGAGAAAUGUUCAACAAAUGGCAAGCUCAAAAAUGGUGGACAGAGAAUUAUGAGAAAGUAAUGGAACUAUACAAUGUUCAAAAGUUAAACAAACAAGCUUUUUCACUUCCAAUUCCUCCACCAUCUGAAGAUGAAAAUUCAAAAUUUGAGUCAGUUAAUGGAAGCCCGGUUACACCUGAUUUAAGCAAAGAACGACAUCCUCAUAACAGUCGGACAGCUAAAGGAACUGUAUAUUCAUCAUUAGAUUCAUUUGAAAACCAUGUUAGACAGAAUUGUGAUUCUGCUCCAACUUCAACACCUAAAUUGUCAAGUAUAAGUGGAACGAAGACAGACAUAUCAUCUGUUGAUGCCUCGAUGAGCACUUGCUCUUCGAGGGAUCAAGCAGACCGGUCUGGCGAGUUAUCGAUAAGCACAGUCAGUGAUCUGGAGACAGAAUGGGUUGAACAAGAUGAGCCAGGUGUGUACUUAACUAUUAAGGCACUUCCUGGUGGGAAAAGAGAGCUCAGACGUGUUCGUUUCAGCCGUGAGAAAUUUGGGGAGGUUCAUGCUAGAUUAUGGUGGGAAGAGAACAGAGGAAGAGUGCACAAGCAAUACUUAUGAAGCAAAAUACCAUAAUCGGCAUGGACAGGUGAUGCCCCCUUUUAUAUAUCUACUCAAAAUUCCUCUGUUUUUGCAAAGCAAAUUUUCCUCGUUUGCACACACAAUACCCUGUUCUACAAAAAGAAUUGUGGGCUUUUACGUCUGUUUCUCUAUAUGUUGAUCUGUUAUGUUAUUGUUACAUAUGAAAUUAUGAUGGAAAUCCUACUAUUUGUUUAAG